AUGGGAGCUUCUGAGAAAAGCGAGAGGACCCACGUGGGGCGCAUCCUCACCUCCCGUCGUCGCCAUGGUUAUUUCACCCUAGAGGAAAUCGGCAGGAAAAAGACAUACAGUAGCAGCAACAGCAGGGGCGGCAGUUCAGCUCAAUCUGCAUGUGCUACCCCGCUGGGGGUGGAGUUCACCUCUUUAGAGCUGCGACUGAAGCAUGUUGCUGCUAUAAAGAAGCUCAGUCAGACUCUGCGCCAUCCCCUUCACCGUUUCUGGCCCCUUAAAUACCCUGUGGUGAUCGAUGCAGAUUUUCUCCCUCUGUAUUUGCCGCACCAUCUUGGGCCCUCAACGCCGAAAACCCCCGCCACAGUCUCCUCUUCUGGUGUGACAGCUUUCUCCAACCUGCGUUACAGGGCCCCCAACGCUCCUGCAGACAGCAGCAGCAGCAGCAACGGCAACGGCGGAGCCUGCGGCUGGGCAGAGAGGACCCGCAUGCUGCCCUGGCGAUGCGUGCCUGGUAUACAUCCCAAGGAUGAGUUGAGUGUGUGGGCCGACAUUCGUUGCUUGUUAAUGCAGCUGCUCGUUCAGGGUUCUUUGAUUUGGGUACCUGUGUUGCUGGUCUGGAUAUGGCGGCGUUACUGCACGACCCGUCGCCGCAAGAUAAUCUUUGUGGUCGUUGUUCUUUCGCUUAUCUUCUUCCCCAUUCGGCCUAACCGCCACAUUCGCAAGUGGCACGGCUGGCGCAACAUCCACCGUUACCACCGAACGGCUGCAAUUGUCGAGGCAUCUGAAAUGUUUCCUCCUAGGCAACCCACCAUCUUCACCAUAUUUCCCCACGGCGUUGUGCCUACUGCACCGGCAAGGAAUAGUUAA